UACGAAAAAACCUUAAACGCUUAAUAUAGAAGAAUUUUUUCAAUGCCACCAGACUCGAGCGGGCAGUGUCUUGCCAAUAACGGAGCGGGGUUGACGCGUCCGCAACCCCAUUUUGUGAAUAUUCCGAGAAAUCGCGACCCGUAAGUCUAAGUGCCCUUAUGAAGGAAAAAUCGUGGUUCGAAACUCCCAGCGUCCAGGAUAGUAAUUUUUACACGAUAAUAGAGCUGUUGACACGAGAAUGAGACGCGAUGAGUCGGCGAAGAGUAUAACAAAGCUACGCCGCCACAGCGAGGUGCGGCCGGCGUCCGCGCUCAGCUUCCGACAGAACUCGCUCACCAUCAACGCGCUAGCGCAGCAGACGGCAUACCUCGCACACAAGGCGCAGAAGGAGGAAGCUGCGGAUCCAAAUCGUCAGCCACCGUCGGUUUCAUGGUUUAAAUUGUACAGAUUCGCCAAGCCAUGGGAGUUCGUGCUGCUAUUCGCGGGCGUAAUCUUCGCCUCACUCAACGGUCUGUUCGUGCCGAUCGGCGUGAUCAUCUACGGCGAGUUCACUUCGCUGCUGAUCGACCGGACCGUCAUGAAUGGGACGUCCACGCCUACGCUCACGAUCGCGAUGUUUGGAGGAGGUCGAAUACUCACGAACGCGAGCCUGGAGGAGAACAGGGCGGCACUGAUCGAGGACUCGAAGGCUUUCGGCAUAGGGUGCGCGGUGUUUUCCCUGCUACAGUUCGCGGUCGGUGCCAUCAGCGUCGACCUGUUCAACUACGCCGCGCUCAAACAGAUUGACAGGAUGAAGGAGAUGUUUCUGAAGGCGGUGCUGCGGCAGGACAUCUCGUGGUACGACCUCAACACAUCCAUGAACUUUGCCACCAAGGUCUCCGAUGACGUAGAGAAGUACCGCGAAGGUAUAGCGGAGAAGGUGCCGAUGUUCAUCUACCUGGUGAUGUCGUUCGUCACCGCCGUGCUCAUCUCCUUCGUGUACGGCUGGGAGCUCACCCUGGUCAUCCUGUCUUGCGCGCCCAUCAUAAUCGCCACUACCGCGGUGGUCGCUAGGGUACAAUCAUCACUAACGACUCAGGAGCUGAAGGCGUACAGUAUCGGUGGUGUUGUUGCCGAAGAGGUGCUCGCCGGCAUCAGGACUGUCGUGGCCUUUGGGGGAGAGGAGAAGGAGAUUGCCAGAUACACAGAGCGCCUAGCACCAGCCAACAAGACGGGCACCAAGCGCGGUAUAUUCUCCGGCAUCGGCAGCGGUAUAAUGUGGCUCAUAAUCUACGCGACGUACGCGUUGUCAUUCUGGUAUGGCGUAGGACUGAUCCUGGACAGCCGACACGAGCCUCAGCCGACUUAUACCCCGGCUGUGUUGAUGAUAAUCUUCUUCAGUAUACUCCAAGGAGCUCAGAAUGUGGGUCUCACCGCGCCUCAUCUGGAGGCUAUGGCGAGCGCUCGAGCGUCCGCCGCGGCGAUAUUUGACGUAUUGGACCGCAAACCUGUGAUAGACAGUUUAUCCAAUGAGGGCCUUAGACCGGAGUUGGACGGGACUCUACAGUUAAAGGACGUAUAUUUCCGGUAUCCGGCGCGGCCUGAUGUACAGAUACUAAACGGCCUAAGUCUACGCAUAAGUCGCGGCGAGACCGUCGCUCUAGUCGGCUCCAGCGGCAGCGGCAAGUCGACAGUGCUGCAGCUGCUGCAGCGCAUGUACGACCCCGAGAGCGGCGGCGUGGAGGCGUCCGGCAACGACCUGCGGAACCUCAACGUGCGCCACUACAGGAACCACAUCGCCGUGGUCGGCCAGGAACCCGUGCUGUUCGCCGGCACCAUCAAGGAGAACAUCAGAAUGAGUAAUCCCUCCUGUUCAGACGAGGAGAUAAUAGUCGCAGCAAAGCAAGCCUACUGCCACACUUUUAUAAAGAAGUUACCGAACGGAUACAACACACUUAUCGGCGAACGAGGAGCCCAACUAUCAGGAGGUCAGAAACAGAGGAUAGCUAUAGCUCGCGCCCUGGUGCGGAGGCCAAAAAUACUCAUAUUGGAUGAGGCCACUUCGGCUCUGGACUCCCAGAGCGAGGCCAAAGUACAGCGGGCCCUGGACUCGGCGGCGUUCGGCCGAACCACCAUUAUGGUGAGCCACAGGUUGGCGACAGUAUUGAACGCGACACGCAUAGUGUUCAUAGACAAGGGUCAGGUUAUAGAGGAGGGUACUCACGAAGAGCUGAUGAAGCUGCGCGGUCGGUACUACCAGCUGGUACUGGAGAACGAGCCCAGCAUCGCCCCGGAUAACACCAACAAUGAUAAUAGUACUAAACCCGCCUUUGACAAUUCAGAUACGAGAAUACGUAAGCCCAAACUCCAGAAACUCGCGUCCAUCGACUCCAUAAAGAGCACUUCUACUGAAGAAGACGAGGAAGAAGAAGAUGAAGUGGUUCUAGAAGAUAAUGAGGAGAAGGAAUACGAACCAACUACGUGGGAGAUACUCAAGUUGUGUGAGCCGGAAAAGUAUUUGAUGGCGAUUGGGAUCUUCGCAGCGGUCGCUGUGGGAUCCUCUUUUCCGUGCUUCGCUGUUCUGUUCGGAGAGACUUAUGGUUUGCUGGAGAGUAAAGACGAGAACUACGUCCGCAACGGCACCAACAUUAUCGCGAUACUGUUCCUCAUCGUGGGCGUCUACACCGGGAUCGGGAUAUUCUUCCAGAUAUUCAUAUUCAACUUGACUGGCGUACGACUCACGGCAAGGCUUAGGGUUGCGGCAUUCCGCGCGAUGCUACAGCAGGAGAUGGGAUGGUUCGACAACCCCACCAACGGCGUCGGCGCGUUAUGCUCAAGGCUGGCAGCAGAUGCAGCUGCGGUGCAGGGGGCCACAGGCACUCGCAUCGGCGCGCUUAUGCAGGCCUCCGCGACCAUUCUGAUCGGCAUAGCUCUCUCACUAUACUACACGUGGCAGAUGACCCUAGUGUCCCUACUCUCAGUGCCCAUGGUCAUUAUAGCAGUGGUGCUAGAGUCCAGGGUGCUAGCUGAGGGCAUAUCGACUGUGAGAGAGGCAGCUAACAAGGCGAACACUAUAGCUACUGAAGCGAUCACCAAUAUUAGGACUGUUUCGGCAUUUUGUGGCGAGGAGGGCGUGGUCGCCCGCUACCAGCAUGCGGGCUCGAAGGCAGUAGCGAGCGCGCGGUCGUCGCUGCGGUGGCGCGGCAGCGUGUUCGCGUUCGGCCAGACCGCGCCCGUGGCUGGCUACGCAGUAGCGCUGUGGUACGGCGGCGUCCUCGUCGCUAAUAGGGAGAUACCGUACAAGGACGUUAUCAAGGUAUCCGAAGCGUUGAUAUUCGGCGCGUGGAUGAUGGGCCAGGCGCUGGCGUUCGCGCCGAACUUCGGCGCCGCGGUGCUGGCGGCCGGCCGCGUCAUGAUGCUGCUGUCGAGGCAGCCGCUCGUCGCAACCACGCACGCGCCCUGCGUGUCAGAGUCUUACGUAGCAGAAGGCAAGAUCCACUACAAGAACAUGAAGUUCCGUUAUCCGACGCGGCGUGAAGUGGAGGUGCUCCGGGGGCUUUCCCUGGUGGUGCCGGCGGGGCGGCGUGUGGCGCUAGUGGGGCCGAGCGGCUGCGGCAAGUCCACGCUCAUGCAGCUGCUGCAGCGCCUCUACGACCCCGACGACGGCGCCGUCUACCUGGACGACCACAACGUCGUCAACGACAUCCGUCUGUCCACGUUACGUCGGAACCUUGGCAUCGUAGGCCAAGAGCCGGUGCUGUUCGACCGCUCCAUAGCGGAGAACAUCGCGUACGGGGACAACACGAGAGACGUGCCGAUAGAGGAGAUAGUCGCCGCGGCUAAGGCGGCUAAUAUACAUUCGUUCAUCGCUGCGUUGCCAGCAGGCUACCAAACCCGUAUAGGAGCGCGCGCAUCCCAACUGUCUGGCGGGCAGAAGCAGAGGAUCGCCAUAGCACGGGCGUUAGUACGGAACCCCCGAGUGCUGCUGUUGGACGAAGCUACAUCUGCCUUAGACACGCACAGUGAAAAGGUGGUACAAGAAGCCCUAGACCGUGCGAGCGAGGGCCGAACCUGCCUCAUCAUAGCGCACCGUCUCGCCACCAUACAGAACGCAGACAUCAUAUGCGUCAUAGACCGCGGUGUCGUCGCAGAGAUGGGCACGCACAGAGAACUGAUAGCACUAGGCAAGAUAUACGCGAGGUUGUACGAGUUACAAUGCGGGUUCAUUGAGGAGAACGAGGAGAAUUUAGAGGAGAACGCGUAAUGUAUUGUAUAAUCGCAACAUGAAAUGAAGGGGGGAGAGGUAAACAAAAAUCAUAAUAGGCGCAUAUCUAUGUCGAAUGGACACAAGGUAUUUUACACCAACAAUUUAAACGGGGUCAUAUUAUACCCUGUGAGUUUUGACCGCGCAUAUAAGUUGUAACCAGGGGUUUCCAGCGCCCCGCCCCCUAAGUUUUUACGUACAUAUACGCAAAUGAAAACGGCAUUAGAUAAUACAUAAAUUAAUUUAUAAAUAUACGUUUACAAAGACUCGUUAUGUCGACGAUACCUACUUUAAACAAUAACUCGUAAUGCCCGAUACAGAAAAGGAAUAUGCACAGUUGUCAAAAUAGAUAUUACCGUAGUAAAUAUAUCUGGUGUGACCGAACUGUACAGAUAAAUCGUUACGUGUGUAAGUAAACAUAUUGUUAUUUAAUAACAGUACCUACUAUGAUGCCUUAAUGAUCAACGUAGAAUGUUGCACUAGAGAGUGCCGGUAAUAUACUGCGUGAAAUUUUA